CGUCCCCGCGUCCACAAGAUACAACGAGCACUCACCACCUCCACUACAUCUUCCUUCUUCUCCAUCAGGCCAGAGGCGACAGCAAACACACCCGCCUCUCUCAACCUCUGCUCGCCUGACGGCUGACACUUCUCGCUUCAUCCACCAUGGCCGACCAAAACGACCCAAACUCGGUGACAAUCAUGGUCCCCUCCAAAGACCCGGAGCAGAAGGAGGAUCCCACACCCAAGCACACCAAGGGCAAGGAGCCAGGAGACAAGGAUGUGCCCGAGAUUUCGGAGGAGGACUUGCAGCUCAAGGCGGAGCUCGAAAUGCUUGUCGAGCGACUCAAGGAAUCCGACUCCUCUCUCUACCUUCCUGCUCUCGAGUCGCUGCGCACUCUCAUUCGCACCUCGACCUCCUCCAUGACUAGCGUGCCCAAGCCUCUCAAGUUCCUGCGACCACACUACGAGGACAUGGGCAAGAUUCGCGAUAGCUGGUCGACCGAGCUCAAGGAGCAGCGCGCGCUCCUCGCAUCCAUUCUUUCAGUACUGGCCAUGACGUACUCGGACACCGGGAGGCGCGACACUCUCUACUACCGCCUCAUUUCUGGGUCCGAGGAAGGUCCUGGGACAUGGGGCCACGAAUACGUCCGCCAUCUGGCGGCUGAGCUGGGCGAGGAGUACAUCAAUCUCAUUGAAGGAGGCGCCGAGGCGAAUGGCGAGACCAACGGCGAGAAGGAGGACGGCAAGCCUAAGCGCGAUUACACUGUGGAACAGCUGCGCGGGCUUGGUCUCGAGCUCGUCGACUUCUUCCUAAAGCACAACGCCGAGGUUGACGCCGUCGAUCUCUGUCUCGAGCUUGAAUGCACCCCGGUUCUCGAGGACAAGGUCGACGACAAGACGUACCAGCGCGUGUGCCAGUACAUGGUUCAGGCCGUGCCACUCCUCGUUCCCCCAGACGAUGAAAUCUUCCUUCGCACUGCUGCUGCGAUCUACUCGAACCACGAUCGUCUUCCCGAGGCUAUGGCCAUCGCCAUCCGCCUGCACGACCGCCGCCUUGUCCGCAAGUACUUUGAAGCGCCCGUGAAUCCCACUAUGAAGAAGCAGCUCGCGUACCUCAUGGCGCGCGCAUGCGUGCCCCUUCACUGGGUCACGAUGGUCCACUACAUGGACCAGGCCGGGUACCCCGAGACUGACGAGUGGGGGCCUGACCCCGAGGACAUUAGCGACACCGAGCUCUCCAUCUGUCUCCACAACCAGGACCUCUCCACCCACUUCCGCAGCUUUGGCAAGGCAGUUGGUGUCGAGGAGCCCAAGACUCCUGCGGAUAUCUACAAGAUGAUCCAUGAGCCGACAGCUUACGCCUCGGCUCGCGACAACCUCGCCUCCUUGUUCGUCAACGCUUUCGUCAACGCCGGAUUUGGCAACGAGGAGCUCGUCGUGAAGGCCCCCGAGGGUCAGUCGUUCAUCUACAAGCAAAAGGACCGCGGCAUGCUUUCCGGAGCAGCAAGUAUCGGCAUGAGUAUUUUGUGGGAUCAUGACGGUGGUAUCGACUACAUCGACAAGUACACAUACUCGCCCGAGGAGGACAUCAAGGCCGGUGCAUACCUCGCCAUUGGCAUUCUGUACGCCAACACGCGCAGCAACCCGGACAUGGCGUGGGCGCUGCUCGAGGAUCACGUUGAGAAUCCCAGCUCAAUCAUCAAGAUAGCGACGAUGAACGGCCUCGGCAUUGCUUACGCGGGUUCAGAGCGUCACAGUCUUGCGGAGAAGCUCCUGCCGUACAUUGCGGACGAAUCGACGUCCAUUGAGAUCGCUGCCAACGCAGCUCUGAACAUGGCUUUCGGUUACGUCGGCUCGGGCAAUGGUGACAUUGCGUCCACCAUUCUCCAGACAUUGAUGGAGCGCGAGGAAUCGCAGCUCGACUCCGAGUGGGCUAUCUUCCUGGGCCUCGCGCUCGGCCUCAUCUUCCUGGGUCGGCAGGACGCCGCCGACGCGACUCUCGAGACUCUCAAGGUCAUUGGGCACCCGAUCGCGCGCUCAGCCGAGAUCCUCGUCGAGGUGUGCGCGUACGCUGCCACCGGCAACGUGCUCAAGGUACAGUCCAUGCUGCACGUGUGCGCCGAGUCAACAGCUGAGACGCCUGCGUCUGCUGAGGGCGAGGACAAGAAGGACGGGGAAUCUGAGAGCACAACAGCCGCUACGUCAUUGCCAACGCCUGGCGCACCCCUAGGCGGCGCGACUAUUGAGACCGACUCGUCAAAGGAAACCGAGACGCCUUCCGUCAAGAAGGACACGAGGCAUCACGCCAUGGCCGUUAUUGGCAUUGCGCUGAUUGCUAUGGGAGAGGACGUCGGUGCUGAGAUGGCUCUGCGCCAGUUCCAGCAUCUUAUGACAUAUGGCGACCCGGUGAUCCGCAAGGCCGUACCUCUUGCCCUCGGCCUCAUCUCUGCCUCCAACCCCCAGCUGCCGAUUCUCGACACCCUUUCCAAGUAUUCGCAUGACUCGGACCUGGACGUGGCGGUGAACGCCAUCCUGGCUAUGGGUCUCGUCGGCGCGGGAACGAACAACGCUCGUCUGGCACAGAUGCUGCGUGGUCUCGCCACCUAUUAUGAGAAGGAGCCCGACUGCCUGUUCAUGGUACGCAUCGCACAGGGCCUCGUGCACAUGGGUAAGGGCACCAUCGGCGUCAACCCCUUCUUCAACGACCGCCAGAUUCUGAACCGCAACGCUGUUGCGGGCCUCAUGGCGCUGCUCGUCUCGUUCACCGAUGCGCGCAAGUUUGUGCUUGGCAAGCACCACUGGCAGCUCUUCUGGAUCGCGCUCGCCAUGUACCCCCAGUUCCUCAUUAUGGUGGACGAGAACGACCAGGAGAAGCCCGUCACCGUGCGCGUGGGACAGGCCGUCAACACUGUCGGUCUCGCCGGAACACGCUCCGGCAUUUCUGGCUUCCAGACGCAUCAGACCCCGGUGCGCGUGGGCACGACCGAACGCGCCGAGAUGGGCACAAACGAGUUCUUCCCAUACACGGGUGUGUUGGAGGGGUUGGUGUACAUCCGGAAGAACGAGGGGUACGACGCCGCGGACCAGUAGAGACGUAGAGCAUGUGCAUGGAAGUGUGGCAGUUUCG